ACAAACAAUAUCUCAUUGUUUCUUCCUCAGGGAGCAGCUGUGAAGGAAACUAAGUGAGGGGACAGACACAGCAUCCCAUCUUUGUGCCCCACACAGAGCUCAGCUUUGAGGCCAGUUUCCCCCAAGCUGUGGUGGGUGUGGCAUGCCUGACUAUCAAAGGGCAAGGGCCUGAUGGGAGCCUAUAAAGUGACUUGGGAGAAGCCACACACCUCACUUGGAGGAUUCUGGGUGGAAACUUCAGUCAUCUGAUCUGAGAGUUAGAAACUGACAGUGAGCACCAACUGAAGGCUUUUACAGGCUCCAUCUCAUUUUCCUCAGACUUCUAAGGCCUCUCCUGCAGCCACCCCACCCCAAGAUGGUGACCAUGCUGAUGUUCCUGGCCACGCUGGCGGGUCUCUUCACCACAGCCAAAGGACAAAAUUUCCAUCUUGGGAAAUGCCCGUCUCCUCCUGUGCAAGAGAAUUUUGACGUGAAAAAGUAUCUUGGAAGAUGGUACGAAAUUGAGAAGAUCCCAGCGAGCUUUGAGAAAGGAAACUGCAUUCAAGCCAACUACUCGCUGAUGGAGAACGGAAACAUCGAAGUGCUAAACAAGGAGCUGAGUCCUGAUGGAACCAUGAACCAAGUAAAGGGUGAAGCCAAACAGAGCAACGUCUCAGAGCCAGCCAAGCUGGAAGUCCAGUUCUUCCCGUUGAUGCCACCGGCACCCUACUGGAUCCUGGCCACCGAUUAUGAAAACUAUGCCCUCGUGUACUCCUGCACCACCUUCUUCUGGCUCUUCCAUGUGGAUUUUGUUUGGAUUCUUGGAAGAAAUCCUUAUCUCCCUCCAGAAACAAUAACCUACCUAAAAGAUAUCCUUACUUCUAAUGGCAUCGACAUCGAAAAAAUGACAACAACAGAUCAAGCGAACUGCCCGGACUUCCUGUAAAGGGGGCGGGGGGGGAAAACCACACCAGGUUAUUUCUUUGCUUUGCGUUCCCUGGCUCCACCCCCCACGCCUCUUAAGUACCAAGCAACCAUGGCAGGCACUAGAGGGAGAGUAAGGCUAUAGAAGCCAAUGGAGGGAGGGGACUCAUGGAAAGUUGGCCCAAACCCAACCUGACCCCACACUGUCACCUUGCUAGCCCAAUAAUAAACAUUUUGCUGAUCAGCUGUGUUUCCUGUGGAUUCUGAGCUAGGUUUAUAGUGCAAGAGUCAUGGUCGGCAGAUGGUUGGAAACCCUUUGGCUGUAGUUUAAAGGUAGAGAAAGCUGAUGGCCAAGUUAGAUCCUGGUGACUCGGAUCCAGGGUCCCUCUCCACGGCAGAUGCUCUGGAGGGAAUUCUGGGACGUUUUUCACUUCUGUCUGGAGGCUUCCUUGAAGCUUUUACUUUCUCAUCGGGAAGUCUUCGGAACAGGGCCGAAGCAUGAGCAUCCUGAAAAUAUCUGGGAAAAGCAGACAGCCUGUGAGGAAAAGACAAAGGUUGUUUGUUUGGUUGGUUUGUUUUGUUUUUUCGACAUAGGGUUUCUCUGUAUAGCCCUGGCUGUCAGGGGACUCACUUUGUAGACCAUGCUGGCCUCGAACUCAGAAACCCGUCUGCCUCUGCCUCCCGAGUGCUGGGAUUAAAGGCGUGCGCCACCAUGCCUGGCUUCAACGGUGUUUGUUUGUUUGUUUGUUUGUUUGUUUAAUGAUGCAAAUUUUCUCUUUCACUCAGAAUUUACUGAGGUCCAAUUGCAUUCCAGUCAGUGAAAAAAAAAAUUUAGAAUCCCUGACCACCGCUCUCCUUGCCCCCAAGCGUCAACUCAGUCCAGUGAUAGAAAUAAGACAGAGCAACAUAGAGGGCAUCACGGGAAAUCAGAGAACAUCCCACCCUCUUCAAGACACAGGCUCAAGUUAUCCAGUAUCCAGUCUGUCUUCAAGCCUUGGCACUCCCAUGCCUCUGCUCCAGUAGCAAGCCAGAAACCACCUGGUGUUGUUCUUUUCUGAUCUUGUGACUUUUAAAACCAAAAACCCAGAUUUAUCACCCCACAAGUUCACUUAGUUCCUGUUGUAUAGUCUGUUGUAUGCUUUUCAUUUAAUUAAAAAAAAAAAAAAAACUC